AUGGCCGCCUCUUCGGCUGGCACCGGCAGCACGUCGGGAUCGGCCCCUACGAGCGUGUCAGCCCUGUCGCUGUCUGAACGGUGCCUACGCAACGCUGAGAGCGAGGGCGAGUACGAGUCAUCCGAGUCCACAGCCGACGACUGGGUGCGCGCCACCGACGGCCACGUUCCGAAGAACGCGCUGGUGGCGGGCCAUAACCUGCACGGCGAGAGCUUCUACGUGGGGCGUGUGAUGCUUCGGGGCAACCUGCUGCCGGGCAAAGUACUUCCCUCGUCCAAGGUUUGCUUCGUGUCUCUCGAACAGAUGGAGUUCUCCUCCAACGUAUACGAGGUGCUUGUCAAGGCACCCUCUGUCAACUACCAGUGGAUACGCAUGGGCGGCUGCGUGGUGCCACGCAACGCGAUUCCGGCGGGGCGCAGCGCGACGGGCGAGCUCAUCUACAUCGGCAGACACGAGCACAAGGGCGAGCUGACGCCCGGCAAGGUGAUAGCGUCGCAGCGGUGCAUCUACAUCCCGUACCUGGGCAAAGAGAUCCGCUACCGCGACUUCGAGAUCCUCAUCCAGGGCGAGUACCCUUACUUCGAACGGACCAAGGGCAAGACCAAGGACAAAGAUCAGCAAAUUCACGACGGACCCAGCUCGAGCAGCAGCAGGGAACUGUCGCGGGGCACACCGCCUACCUGA